AUGUCCGAUGAGCUGGAACCCCUGUCCGUCCUCAGUCGUCUUACCCUGGUGUCCAUCUAUAGCCUGGUCCUGGUCAUUGGGAUCAUCGGGUUGGCCCUGAUGAUCCACUUCCUCCAAUCCAACAUGCGAUCAGUCAUCACCAUCGCUAUGCUCAACCUCACCCUGGCCCACUUCCUGUUCCUACUCACCGUACCCUUCAGGAUCUACUACUAUGCUGCUGGUUACUGGGGGUUGGGGAAGAUGCUGUGUAAGGUGGUCAGUGCCAUGAUCCACGUACACAUGUACAUGGCUUUUGUUUUCUACGUGGUUAUCCUCGUCAUACGACUGCUGGGGUUCCAUAGCAAGAAGGAUCGCUACGAGUUCUACAGGAAGUUGCAUGCUUUUGGCGCCAGCGUGGCAGUGUGGUUGGUGAUGUUUGCGGUCAUUCCCCCCAUAUUUUUUUUCAAAUACGGCACAGACUUCCAAGAUAACACCACCAACAACAAGACAAACAAAAUGUCCACCAAUGACUCCCACUGUUUCCAGUUCGGCAAGCACCUGGAAGGACUCAUUGGUGUCAGGGUGCUGAACUACAUCAUGAGCUCUGUGAUCAUCAUUGUGGCCUGUGUGCUGACAGCACUGCAGUGUCAUGUCAUGGUCCUUCUGAUCAGGAAGUAUGGGCGAGACUGCAUGUCUCACCAGGAGUUCUGGGCUCAGCUGAAGAGCCUGUGUUUUGCUUUGGUGCUGCUGGUGUGUUUUGUCCCCUAUCACGUGUUCAGGAUGUACUACCUGGGACACCUGUACCUGCAGAACACUAACGAGGUAUUCCUCAGUCUCACGGCCCUCAGCUGUUUCGACAUGCUUACCUUCCUACGGAGGGGACACUGCUAUAUGCGUAACAGAGCACGGACUGUGUGACCUCUUCUCACACAAACUCAGACCCAAAACUUGCUGUAAGAGUGUUUCCCUUUUAAACAGUACUUUAGCGCCAUCUGCUGCGUAUUCAUAUAGCUACACAAGAUAGUCUAUGUCUACUAUAGACUUCACUAUAAUUUAUUUAUUAUCAU